UGGGGCUUGGCUCGGUGCCAGGGAACAGAAGUUGACGUCGGAAUUACUACUGUUUCAAAUUAUAAAAAAAUUAAUGUCACACUUUCAAUCAAAAAAUGGACGAAACUGGAAGUAUCGACUCGGGUCUAACCGCAGCUUCUGAGAGCUGUACACAAGAUGAAAAAGUCCAACCAGGCUCCGUUGGUGGACUUGGCCAGCAGCUUAGCGAGCCAGCCCGCUUUGCAUAUGCCGGACUUUGCAGUGUCUCCUUGGGGCAGCUGUUCAAAGGGGCAGAGCACAGGUGCUUUCGGGAUCAGUACUUGGAGGACCUGGUGCAGUGGCUGGGGCUGGAUCAGUCAGUGAUGCCUGCUAUGAGGGCCUUCUUGGCAGGACUGGGGAUUGAGGGCGGCGACACCUUCCUUUCCAUACUGCAUGGGGAGCCACUGUUGAGUGUAGGGGCAACGCCAGUUGUACAGGACCUGGUGUCCUUCUCUGUCAAAGACGGCCAGUAUGAUGCACGGGCCCGGGUUCUGAUCCGACAUGUCAGCUGUUUGCUUCGUGUGCCGCCCCAAAGCUUGGAGGAGUUUGAAGGGACAUUGGGAGAAAGGCUGAGGGAAGGAGGAGAGGAAAGCGAAGAGGAGUCAUUUCGGAGACGCAAAAAAGAAAGAGGGAAAAAGCUGCGUCGCUACCUGCUGAUUGGUUUGGCCACCGUGGGAGGGGGCACUGUGAUUGGUGUGACGGGAGGUCUGGCUGCUCCCCUGGUAGCUGCGGGAGUGGGGGCCGUGAUUGGAGCAGGGGGUGCUGCAGCUCUGGGAUCAGCUGCCGGCAUCGCUAUCAUGGCCUCCCUGUUUGGAGCAGCGGGGGCAGGAUUAACUGGCUAUAAGAUGAAGAAAAGAGUGGGGGCCAUUGAGGAGUUUGAAUUUCUGCCCCUGAGCUCCGGGAAGCACCUCCACCUUACCCUGGCUGUGACGGGCUGGCUGUGCAGCGGAAAAUACAGCUCUUUCCAGGCCCCGUGGUGUAGCCUGGGCUCCUGUGGGGAGCAGUACUGCCUUGUGUGGGAGUCCCGCUACCUGAGGGACCUCGGUUCUGCCUUGGACUCCCUGCUGGAUGGUGUCUUUAGCAUGGUGGCCCAGGAAGCUCUGAAGUACACCGUGCUUUCAGGCAUCGUGACGGCGCUCACAUGGCCUGCCUCCCUCCUGGCGGUGGCCAGUGUGAUUGACAACCCGUGGGGGGUGUGUCUGAGCCGCUCGGCCGAGGUCGGUAAGCAGCUAGCCCAAGUCCUCCGGAGCAGGCAGCAGGGCAAGCGUCCAGUCAGCCUGAUAGGCUUCAGUUUGGGAGCAAGAGUCAUCUAUUUCUGUCUUCAGGAGCUGGCAAACGACAAAGGUUGUGAGGGCAUCGUGGAGGAUGUCGUCCUCUUGGGGGCGCCAGUGGACGGCUCAGCCAAGCAGUGGAAAAGGAUUUCCAGUGUGGUCGCGGGAAGGAUUGUUAAUGGAUACUGCAGAGGGGACUGGCUCCUUGGGUUCCUUUACCGUGGUUCGUCCGUCCAGCUGACUGUUGCAGGGCUUCAGCCAAUCAGUUUGGAUGAUCCUCAUAUGGUUAAUGUGGACUUGUCAUCUGUGAUAAAUGGCCAUCUGGAUUACAUGCGUCAGAUGGAGACUAUUCUUGUUGCAGUAGGAGUUCCUACUCGUGAGAGGGCAGGAGACAUGAACUGCCAGUCUUACCCAAGAAAUACUGCAGAAGAGGGCUUUGCUGAAUGCCAGUCAGACAAAGAAGAUGGAGAUUCCAGAAAGGAAGAGGUGAGGUCAGCUGAAGAGGAAGGUGGACCAGUCCUUGAUGGAAAAGAGAGACCUACCUUGAAUGGUGUUUCUGUAUCCAACCUUGCAAAAGAUUGCAAAGGCAGUCAGGGAGAACAUGAUAAAGGAGAAAAAGAAGAUUCUGAUGGUUGGGAUUUCCCAGAUAUCUCUGAUUUGUUGGAUUCUUUAAAUGAGGCAGACGUGUCGAUCCCACAGUGCCCUUUGGACAAAGUGCCAGAAAGCCCUAAGCAGAGAGCUGACGGUGGAGACAGUCUUGAUACUUUGAGGCAUCAUUACGGAGAAGAAGCAGAGACCAGUGACUUCAGUCCUGAGUUCCCUCAUUUGCCCAGGGAUUCUGAUCAUACUUACAGGGACUGAGUUUUAGGGUGUUUUCACACCUAUAGUUUGGUUUCUCUGGUCCAAAUCAGUUGAUGACUUUGUAAACUUGCAGCACUUCCCCUUUAAUUCGGUUUGCUUUCACACAGAGAAAAAUCCAAGUGAAGCAACAAUGCAAUGCUACAAACCAUGUGAGAAUGUUCAUUCUGCUUAUUGGUCAGAUGUGUCUGGCGAGAGCAAGAAAGUAAAUACAGGAAGAAGGUCCUGUGUCCUGGGCUGUGCAGUAAAUACAGGAAGAAGGUCCUGUGUCCUGGGCUGUGCAGUNAGUAAAUACAGGAAGAAGGUCCUGUGUCCUGGGCUGUGCAGUAAAUACAGGAAGAAGGUCCUGUGUCCUGGGCUGUGCAGUUGAACAUCUCUCAAUUUCAUGUAUUGUUGCCUGAGUUUUUCAUUUUACUUUCACACAGCACUGUUCAUUCAACCAGUCAAAUCCUCUCUCCUUCAGCUAUUGACAGAACAUUAUGAAAACUUCAGAGUUUUUAUGAGAUGUUUUUAGGAACUGACAGACGUAGUCAUCUGUUCAGAUUUCAAGAAGGCAGCAUACCUCGCUGUUAGACUAAGUAAGACCUCGGUUCAUUUCUCCUUCUCUGCUUGCUACUGCUACUUGUUUGCAUGCUCUGCCUCAUCCCAGAAUGCAAAGCACACCUGGCUGUGGGAGCCGUUUAGCUCAAACUUAUGGCGUGAACCUGAAAGUUGGGUCGAAUCAAGGUCUGAUCAUGUCUGCACCAAAAACGAACUGUUCCAGAAUUCUUUAGGGACCGAACUGAGACCAUCUCCUCUCAAGGGUCUCGGUUGUUUUGGUCCACACCCGAGUACGAUUACUGUGUUCACACCUGCCCAAAUAAUCACACCAAGGGGGAGAUCAGAGUCCAUCUUAACUGGACUAAAAAUGCCGGUAUGUAAACACCCUUAAAGCAUGCCCUGUUGGACUUUGGGCCAGCUAGGCACUGGGCCAAUCUAGGGAUGUUGCGAUACCAGAAAUUGAGUAGUCAUUACCAAUUCGAGUGAAAUUCCAUGAUUUUUGAUACCCAAUUCUAUACCACGGUAAAAAAACAAAACUACAAAUCCCAUGUACUUCAACAUGCACACUUUUAUUAAAAAUAUUUGAACAUUACAUGCCACUGCUGUUGUUUUAUUUUUUUGUAGCCUUCAAGUAAUAAAAAGACACAACUAUUAACAUUAGGCUACAAAAAAGAAUGGUGGCAUGUAGCCCUCAAGUAUUUAAACUAUACAGUGCUUAAAAUACAAACCGCAAUCGUGUCAUCAGUUGCAAGGAGCUUAAAAAUACAAUGUAGACCAGUAAAGACACCACCAGAGGAGUCUCCCGGCUAAGCAGAAAAUUUUAAUAACAAAACAAACCACAAAAUCAUUUAAGGCAGCGCAAAAACUGUACAGUAAAAGUGUUUUUUUUUUUUUUUUUUUUCGCUUUUACAAAUUGAUUUACAGUAUGAUGUUAACAUUUUGUGUCUGUCGGGAUUUAAGCCUGCCCAUGUUUAUUAAUGUAGUACAUGUGAUUCAAGAGUAAUAAGCAUUUUAUUUCAGGCAUGUCAUUAUAUAUACAUGUAUGUUUCUUAAUGGAGGGAGAUUCUUCAGAGGGGAACUAGAGCACUUGUAGGUGUAUAUGCUGCUCCUGUCAGGCCCAGAAGGAUUGCAUCCCUGAUAUCUGUGUUAUUGUGCAAAAACGGGUAACAUUGUGUUUUCAGAAUUUUUGACAUCGACUUGGUACUGAUCGGCUCACUUGACAUCCCUAAUUCAAUUACAAUUCAAUGGCACCCCAGUAGGAGACCGUAGCAUCUCCAUUGGAUACAGAGAGACAUUGUGCUUGUGCUGUCAUACUUUCACCACAUGAGGGCAGCAAAACGGCAGCUGAAACUCAGGUGUAGCAACAAACCACAACAUUCAGCUGAUUCUACUGCCUUUUUCAUUUUCGUGGUUCGAGUUGUGAGUGUACUUCACUGCAUUUUUUCAGUCAGUUCACUGGAUUUAAAGCUCUUGUUUUUUUUUUGCCUAACCUCAUGUCGCAGUAAAAUGAAAAGCCCUAUAUGGUUAAUAUUUACUGUAUAUCGAUGUAGGAGGACUCCGGUUUCCCCCCCACAGUCCAAGGACAUGCUGAGGCUAAUUGGAGUUACUAAACUGCCCAUAGGUGUGCAUGUGUGAGUGAACGGUGCGUGUGA